AUGGCAAAGAUGCUAUUAAUUGACUGUGAGCAGAAUGAUGGUGACUGCUCAUUGACUAUAUCAGUGCUGGACUUCACUGUACAUCUCAUGGACACAGGACUGAAAAAUGAUGCUGUCUUGGCUUUAAUUGUUUUCUGUAUUCAGUAUGUUCUUGUUAACCAUGAAUACUGGAAAUACAAGGUGAAACAUACUCGUUGGAGAGUAACAUUGAAGGUGCUUGAAGUGAUGAAAAAAUGUAUUACAUCAAUAUCAUGCUCUGAAAAGUUGGAUGAAGUCAUCUUGGAUAGGUUACUGUCUGAUUCUUCCAUCCAUAGUACUCUCUUUCGGAUUGUUUGUACAACUACAGAAGCAUUAGAGAGACUUUAUAUCAGCUGGCAUCCGACAGAGAUUGAAGGUUUUGAGAUGGCUAUAUGUUCUGUUUUAGAUAUUCUUUUCAUAAUUCUCUCCAAAUUUUCUAAGGAUAUAUCUUCCAGCCCUCCAUUUUUUCACCAAGCAGUCUUCUCAUCUGCAACAAAACCAAUUCCUGUAGUUGCAGCGCUUGUCUCCUUGAUAUCUUACUUUCGCAAUCCUGGAAUACAAGUUGGUGCUGCUAGGGUUUUAUCAGCGUUCUUGAUGAUGGCCGAUUUAAUGCAACCAUAUUUGUUUGGUAGCAGCUUUGGUCUGGAUGAUAAGCAGAUUGGAGAUCUGAGGCAGUGUGUUAGUUACAUACUACUUGAGCAGUCGGAAUGGAAUGAAGAUCUUUUUGUUGCUGUAGUCAAUCUCCUCACUUCUGCUGCUCGUUAUCAGCCUGCUUUUCUUGUUGCUGUAUUAUCCACCGAAGUGAAAAAGGAUGUUCAACAGAGUAAUGCUGGUCAUGUGAAGCUGCCAACAAAUGAUGUUACCUUCAGGUCAUCUGAGUCUGAAAAAACAAGUAUUGUGGAUGCAGUUCUGUAUCAAAUUGAAAGAUCCAAUGAUCUUAUCAACAGCAAUCCCCGAAUACUGCUGAAUGUUCUUAACUUUCUAAGGGCACUGUGGCAAGGUGCUGCUCAGUACACUAAUAUUUUGGAAUGCCUGAAAAGCUCCGGAAAUUUCUGGAAAAAAUUGUCCAGUUUUAUUUCAGUAAUUUCUAGUGUAGAAGCUCCUUCACCUGAAAAUAUAACUGAGACAGAAGCUCAAGAUUUGGCUUUCAGAUAUCAGUGUCAAUCUGCCAUAUUGGAAAUAAUGGCACAUGACAUGUUUCUGCACAAAAAGCUAUUACAUUUGGAGACACGUGCAAAACAAGUGCCUGAAUCACAAGACAGGAUACAAAAUACAGUAAGAUUAGAAAAAUCAAAAGCUUCAGAUCUGGUGGAUAUUUUAUCAGCCUGGUGCAGGAGCUCUGUUUUGGAUAAUCUUACCAAGUCACUUUCUUAUUGUGAAUAUGACCUCAAGUUGUAUUUACGGGCAAAGGUUGCUGCAAGUGUAAUCACUGCCCAUGUGAUGGUGAACUUAGCAAAUGGUGAUGCAGGAAGUGUGUCUGUGUCAUUACUUGAGAAGUCCAGCAUCCUGUCAAAUAAGUUCAGAAGUCAUCCUGCUUUUUCUGAAUUGUUAGCUCAAUACUCACAGCAUGGUUACAGUGCAGGGAAGGAGCCAAACUAUUUGAUUCUCAGUGAUCUCUAUUAUCAUCUACAAGGAGAGCUUGAAGGCCGUGAAGUCAGUGCUGGACCAUUCAAAGAACUCUCUCGGUUCCUUAUAGAAUCAAAUGUUUUUCAGAUUUACCAACAUAAAUAUGAUGCUGAUCUUUUUGUAACUGGAAAAGAUGCAUACUUGUUUGAUCUUAAACAUGUACGAGCUGAUUUGGGGUUAGAUCUUUGGGAUUAUUCACAGUGGAAGGCAUCAAAGGCGACUGCAGAAACAAUGUUGAAUCACAUGAAGGCUGCAAACUCAAUGGCGUUGCUUACAAGUUCGAAGCUUUCUGCACUAAGAGCAUUAAGAAGUAUCUUGACUGUGUACACGGAUGAUUCACUGGAGACAAAAAGUACAGCGAAAGAGAUCUCUGAUCAUCUUGUUUUCUCAUGCAUCAAUCACAUACGCCAGAGCUUCCAUGACACAGUAGAAUCAUUAGCUUCAUUACCUGGUGCUCCUGAAGAUAUCUUUCACUUCCUUUCAGCUCAAGCAGAGUUGCUUCUCUAUCUUAUGAUGUAUGCACAUAAAAGCCUGCCUUUGUCUGUUUGCAUUCUUGUACUAAAAACAUCAGGUUCUGGCCUUAAAGUGUUGAGUGAUUUCAGAGCAUUAGUUACCGGGCCAGCAGUUAUGGGGGUUAACACUACCGUAAAGCUCUUGCUUAUGUUGCUUCUCUCGGCAGUGGAGUUUAGUUGUCAUAAGUCACGUUUGGUUGGGGCAAGAGAUAAAAUAUCUGUUGAAGACCUGGCUAAAAUAUCUAAUGCGAGUCUUGGUCUACUACCAAUUCUCUGCAACUGUAUGGCUAUUGUUGAGCAUGGCACCCUCUCCCUAACUACUAUGGACUUGAUACUGAGAAAUUUCUUAACUCCCAACACUUGGUUCCCCAUUAUACAAAAUCACCUCCAGCUUCAGCAUCUUAUUCUGAAGCUUCAAGAUAAGAACUCACUUGACUCUGUGCCCAUUAUAAUGAAGUUCUUUUUGACUGUUGCCCGUGUGAGGCAGGGUGCAGAAAUGCUUAUUAAUUAUGGGUUUCUUUCGUCUCUGAGACUCUUGUUCACUGAGUGCUUGGAAGGUAGGUCUUCUUCCGUUAGUACUAAUAAGAGAAAUCCCAACUCAACUGAAAAAACUGAGAAGCCUCAGCAAAUUUGGGGACUUGGUUUGGCAGUCAUCACAGCUAUGGUUCAGUCUUUAGGAGACAGUUCUGCUUGUUCGGAUGUUGUGGAGAAUGUAAUACCCUACUUCUUUUCAGAGAAAGCCUAUAUGAUUUCAUACUAUCUCAGUGCUCCAGACUUCCCAUCUGAUGGUCAUGACAAGAAAAGACCUCGGGCUCAGCAGAGACAAACUUCUCUUACUGAUCUUAAAGAAACUGAGCACACUCUCAUGCUGAUGUGCGUGCUAGCAAAACAUUGGAAUUCAUGGGUUAAGGCCAUGAAAGAAAUGGACUCCCAGCUGAGAGAGAAAAGUAUCCAUCUUUUGGCCUUUGUCAGCCGGGGAACUCAACGCCUUGGAGAAUCUUCGAGUCUUAAUGCUCCUCUCGUAUGCCCUCCUAUCCUUAAAGAGGAAUUCGAAGGCUGCAAGAAACCCUCAUUUGUUAACAGUAGAAGCGGAUGGUUUGCUCUUUCACCGCUCAGUUGUGUGUCAAAACCAAAAUUCUCAGCCGUCUCUACCACAACUGCGCUGGCUAUUAAAACUCAAUCAACUGAAAAUAGUGAUCACGUAUCUCAGUCAUACUUCUCCGACACUAUUGCCCUUCAGAUAUACAGAAUUACUUUUCUUCUUUUGAAGUUCCUCUGUUUACAAGCUGAGGGUGCUGCUAGAAGGGCAGAGGAGGUGGGGUUUGUUGAUCUUGACCAUUUUCCUGAGCUUCCAAUGCCUGAAAUCUUGCAUGGCUUACAAGAUCAAGCAAUUACCAUUGUUACAGAGCUGUGUGGGGAUAACAGAUCAAAUGAUAUUCAAAUUGAAGUACAGAGUAUCUGUUGCUUAUUGCUACAAAUAAUGGAGAUGGCCUUGCACUUGGAACUUUGUGUUCUACAAAUAUGCAGCAUAAGACCUGUGUUAGGGCGUGUGGAGGAUUUUUCAAAGGAAGUUAAACUUUUAAUAAAAGCGAUGGAGAGACAUGCUUUCCUCAAAUCAUCUGUGAAGUCCUUGAAACAAAUAACUUCGGUUAUCUAUCCCGGAUUGUUACAGGCCGAAGAGUUUUUGUGA